AUGUGGCGUAGGAUCCAUUCCCUGUGGAAUUCUCAUGUUAUAGGUACCUUGAAGCAAAAUGCGGCUGCUGUACGGCUGCGUCAGUCGCCGCAAUCGGAUUCAGGCUCUAAGGAUUCCGGGAAGUCUAGCUGGGGCUCAAGAGACAGACGUUAUGGCGACGUACAAUCGCCGCGUGAGAACCGUGCAGACUACGACUCCCGUCCCGACGACGACGAAGAUGGUGUAGAUAUUCCUAUCGAUUUCGGUGUUGGCCCUCGCUCCCGCGCCGUUCGCGAGCGUCAUGCAUUUUAUGGUGGGAGAGGAAGCGACGACGGCUGGUGGAACCGACUGGAACGUUAUUUAUCAGGGGAACAACAGGUGCCUGCGUCAGGUCGCGGUCCUCCGUAUUCGUCGAUGGGGGCGAUGCCGUGGCUGACCAACAUGCAGGCUACCACGCUUGGCAACGCAAUCCUAGUAUGCUGUGGUGUCGUCUACGGGCUGUGGGUUAUAAGCGACAGGCGCAGCAGCGCGCGGUUGUUUCGGUUCAUGAAUCGCAAUUUCGUCGCAUCGAGGAGCUCCCUGAAGUUGCGUCGCUGGCAUACGCUGCUGACAUGUGCUGUCAGCCAUUCAUCGUUGAUGCAUCUGCUGUUUAACUGCGCGAUGCUGCACCAGCUAAUGAACACAUUUGCAAGUCAAAUGCGCCCCGCUGGAGCUCCACACACUGGCCUGCCUACUCUGGAGCGUUUCCUCAGCACGGUAUCAUCAGGCCUGGGACGCCUGUUCUGGCCAGAUGAACGACCUGCAAGCCGUCGGAAGAGCGUCCAGACGUCCGACAUUCUGAACGUGUUCUUACUGUCCGCAGCGGCAUCGAGCAUAGGCCAUGUAUGCCUGUACAGCACGCCAGUUUUGGGCGCCUCAGGCGCGCGGCAUGUGUUCAAGCGGCCAGGAUUCCACGAUCCCGUGGCGCUGUCGUUGAGGACGGCCAGGCGCCAGUGGGCCCAAACGUUCAAAGGCAUCAGAGGCGGUUUUUGA